UUCUACAGUUUGUAUAAAUUGCUCAAGCUUCAAGCAGGCUUUCGUUCAUUUCCAAAUUCAAUUUAAUAUAUAAUAACUCAACAUUUAUAUUCGAAUAAACUUUGUAAUACAACAUUGUAGAAAAUGGCAGGCCACGACGUCCUGAUUGUGUCGCCGUUGAACGUAAAGUUCCAAUCUCCGUUUCCGCACAUACAGAAGCGACAGCUGAGUCUGCUCAAUCUGGGCUCCCAGCCCGUCGACUACUCCAUAGACAUUGACAAUGCGACGCUCUUUCAAGUACAGCCCACCUGUGGCCGCGUGUCGGGCUUUGACACCAUCGAGCUGAGCAUCAUCAUGCAGCCGGUAGAGGGCGAUCAGCCGGGCUGCUCUUUGAAAGUCAUACACAGGGUCAAGGACGCGUCAGGCAGUCUACAGGCGCUGGAUGAUUGGAAGGAUGCGCGAGUAACUGUGGUUGCCAUUACGCUCGAGGACUCUGUGGUGAACGAAAAGGAGUUGCUCAAUAUGUUCGGCGAUAUCGAUGGAAAGACCAAGGACCUUAUCGAGAUCAUGGAGAAGCAGUACCAGCCCUUGUGCCACAAAUGCAGUAUGAAGCGCUUUCAGAACUCUUCGAAGAAGCGCAACAAACUAAGGCAUCUCUGGUGGCCGUUUUUGGUAGCCUUGCUGUCGCUGUUGAGUUACUGUCUGUGGGCGCUGAGCAGAGUGUAUGAGUACAACCCUGACGCGGUUUACUAAAGGGGCGAGCUAGAGGCGUGUAGCUGUAACAACAAUGCAAAUCAAUUAUUAAAUUAUGCAAAUAGAAAACUACGCCUCAAGCAAACACACGUUACUGCCUGCCACACCCACAUGCACACUCACGGCAACCCAAUUCGAGUCGAGUCGAGCUGAGAUUGAUAAAUCAAUCAUACGCGCCGUUGGCUGCGGCUUUAAAUCAAAUUGCCGGCUGUCUGCUUGAUUAGCUUAACUGCCGUUUCAUUAGUUUGAUUUUGCAGUGCAGCGGUUGAGACACCCAAACACCAUAAGCAACUACACUCACACACACACACAAACACACACAAACACACACGUAAGCACGAAGCUGGUUGCUUGGAUUUAUUUAUAAAGCAAUUAUUGCCACAAUUAAUUUCUGAUUGCAUUCGAGCCGCGUAUCAACUAUUUUAUACAGCUCUAUAUAUUGCCGUUGACUUGGAUUGCUGAUGCUGUUGCAAUUUUAAUUAAUUUACGCCUGUCUGGAGCAGUUGCUUUAUGACGCCAAUUAACAUUCUGUGUGGCAAUUCAAUUUACUUUGACUUUCCCAAUUGAAAUUCUAAUGCAAAUCCCUUGCAGCGACAGCCAAACUACAAAUUGAUCCUCCGGGCAUUCCGCUAAAGACCACGCUGCUGCCCUCAUGACAGCCAAUUCAUAUUUAUUUUAUACAAUUUGCACAAAAAUGAGCGACACGACACCAGCCGACGUCACACCCGGACAGACCCGACCCGGCCCAGGCACUUAAAAUGCCGCCAGCCACUGCAAAUAUCCCCAAUGACUCUUUUUCUGCAUCGUUCAGUAUUCGUUGGCCCGCACUUCUUAUGCCGUUGGCUGGCAUUUUUAUCACCCAGCUGUAAAUGCAACAAGAUGAACGCAACCAAAUACUUGAAAAAGAAAAGUUCGCUAAGUAUUUCGCAUGCAGACAAUGAACGCUUGAGAGCUGGACAGUCGUUAAAAGCGUGUUAUGGCAUGAUUAUAAACUUGAGAGAAUGCGAGUUUGCUUUAUGGCGAAUUGAAGUGAAACAAAAUACUAAAAUUCAAAGCGGAAGAAGAGACAACCAUUCUUGAAAAAUGUGCGUAGCAUAGGCUGCGACUUCAAACGAAAGAUAUUCUCAAGUUAUUCAGACUUAAUCAGCUUUAACUGUGGCAGUAUGUGGCAUUCUUUAGCCAACAAAUUCCGAAUUCAAAAACUCUUAUACACAACAAUAUUAUUAACAAUAAAGCUAUUGCAUAACUUUAA